AUGGCAACUCCUAUCACUGGUUUCCGUUUGGUAAAUGGCAGCACCUUGCCAGCUAUUGGCCUAGGAACCUUUCAAGGCGAUGAUGGAAAUGAAAAAGUAAAGAACAUCGUGAAGGCGGCGAUCCAGGCUGGAUAUCGUCAUAUCGAUGGCGCAACGGCUUAUGGCAAUGAAAAGGCUAUUGGAGAUGCUAUUAAAGAAAGCAGUAUCUCGAGAGAUGAGUUGUUUGUCACCACUAAAUUAGCUCAAUCCUGGCAUGAGCCUAAAGACGUCGAGCGUGCGUUAGAUUUGAGUUUGAAAGCUCUUGGCUUGGAAUAUGUUGAUUUAUAUCUUAUGCAUUUCCCCCAUGCCUACCUUCCAGGCCCAAAUAACGGUACGAUCCGACAUCCCAGCGGCAACGGAAAGCCAGUAAUUGAUUAUGAACGAUCUCGCAAGUACACAGAAACUUGGCAAGCAAUGGAGAAGCUAGUGGAUAGUGGUAAAGCGAAAGCCAUCGGGUUAUCCAAUUUCAAUAUCCUCAAGACUAAACGGAUCUUGGAGGUUGCGAGAAUUCGUCCCGCGGUUAGCCAAGUCGAGGCGCAUCCUUACUUCCCCCAGCAUGAGCUGCUUGAGUUUUGCAAGAAAGAGCACAUCCAUCUCAUGGCCCAUCAGCCGCUAGGAGGAAAACCUGUUGGAGUGGUGGCUCCCCAUGCCGAUAUCCCUGGACCUCUUUUUGAUACAAAGAUUGCUCAGAUUGCCGAUCAAACUGAUAUGACCCCGGCACAGGUCAUUUUAUCCUGGGCGGUCCAGCGUGGCACUUCGGUAAUUCCAAAGACUUCUAAUGAGAGCCGGCUCUCUGAGAACCUCAGGAUUGCGCCAUUAAGUGAGGAACACUUUGCGAUCAUUGAUGAUUUGGCGACAACCAUUGAGAGUGGACCUGUGAGAUAUUUAGACCCAAGCAAACAUUUGGGUUUUAAUAUUUUUGACGAGGAACUCGAUGAGCCGGUAGAAAAUCAAGCUCCUUGGGAUUAA